AAACCGGUUGCCCUGGGAAACGGAAGCAGUGCUGGCGGAGACUUCCGGUGGAGAUGGCGGGGGGUCUGUGGAGUGAGAGAAGCCUUGGAAAGUCUAGGUUUUGGAUCGUACAUAACAGAAGUAAAGGAAGUUCUGCGGGAAUGCAAGACAGUUGCCUUAGAAAGGAGAAAGGCAAACGCUCGCUUAGAGAACCUUGGCAUACCAGAGGAGGAACUGCUACGCCAGCAACAAGAGUUGUUUGCAAAAGCUCGCCAGCAGCAGGCAGAACUGGCACAGCAAGAAUGGUUACAGAUGCAACAAGCUGCUCAGCAGGCACAGCUCGCAGCAGCAACCGCCAACAAGGCUGGCUCCUCGCAGGACGAGGAAGAGGAGGAGGACACCUAGAACACAAUUCAGGAUGUCUCAUUCCCCUUCCAUCUACCCGUGUCCUGCCAUGUUCACAGUGGCAGCGUAGAUGGUCAUCAGUGGACAUCUGCUCAUGUCCACAACUGGAGACUGAAGUGCCAGCUGUGGAAUUUUAAUAGACCAGCCUAAAAUGGGAGGAAAAAUAACAUGGUUUCUCUCUUUGGACUUCAGACUUGCUGGAUUUAAAAAGUGACAUGGUCUGAGAUGGACAAUAUACAAUCAGGAUCUUCAGGCCAUAACAUGGAUUUUUAUACAUGUGAGCUUUUGGUUAAUUGGAGUGAUGUAUUAAACAGAUAAAUGUUCCUGUUGAACAUGUAUUUUGUGGGUUUCAUUAAUGUGUUAGGUAAUUGAAGAUGAAGUUGCCUUGUUUACAGUAAUGAAAAAUAAAAGUGAA